AUGUUAUUGUUGCGGACAGGAAGAUUUAACUUUAGCCGCUGUUAUGCAGCAGGUGCAGAAUUCUUGAAAAAUGUUCCUCUGACAAAACGAGAUGGUGAAAUUGUCAAAGUGGAUGAUUUGAAAAAUAAGGCGAUUAUAUUAUAUUUCUCAUCUGGAUGGUGUGGUCACUGCCGUCUAUUCACUCCCAAGUUAAAAAAAUGGUACGACGAAGCUGCAAAAGACGAAAAUAUUGAAUUAGUUUGGGUUUCUCGUGAUCGCGAAGCGAAGCACCAGAUAGAUUAUUAUAACAAAGCACUUCCCAAUGUGCCGUAUAUCCCAUUUGGUGACAGACAUAUUUUGGAAUUUCUGACAAAAUAUGAUGUGAAAACGAUACCUGCUGCUAGACUAGUAAAUAACAAUGGUGAAGUAAUCGAUCAAGAAGUCAGAAAUAAAGUUCAAGAUGAGGGUCAAGUGGACGCCAGAAAGCUAGCGAAGGAAUUUCGAAGUCGUGUAUAA